AAAAAAACAUACUUCAAAAUCAAAAUUGAAAAAUUCAAGUCAUGUGAAGUGCUGAUAAAUUUAUAUAAAAUAUAUUAAUUUAAAAUUAUUAAAAAAAAUAUGCCAAUUUGGAGACCGUUAUUGAAAGGAUGCCGUGGCUGUAGGCGGCAGUUUCUGUUGGGGGGAUACAAUGGAAUGUGUUACGGUAGGGUGUUUAGUAACCGUAGACAUGUGAGGAGACAGUACAGUACCUGUCCUGCCGGGAUGAAAGUCACUAUCUGCGGGGCCGCUGGAUGCACUGGUCAACCUCUAGCCCUACUACUGAAGCAGUGCCCUUUAAUAGACGAGAUAGCUUUGUACGACAUGUGUCCCACCUGUGGGUUUGCUAUGGAACUUAGUCACGUAGACACUAAGAGUAAGGUGACUUCGUUCUCCGGGAAACAUAUGCUAUGCGAUGCACUUGAAGGUGCGAAGGUAGUAGUGCUAGUGGCACGGAACACAGUGGACACAUUCGAACAGAGUGCACCCGUCAUUACUGAAAUAGCUUUACAAAUAUGCAACACUUGCCCGUCGGCAUUUACAAUAGUAGCAACAGAACCAGUGGAUAGCAUGGUGCCUCUAGUGGGUGAGAUCCAGCGUCUCCGUGGCAACUACAACCCUCGGACACUCCUCGGGUGUGUCGAGCUGAACUGUGUGAGGGCCAACACAGUGCUAGCUGACUUCAUUAAGGUCCCGCCCGAAGCCGUCAAGGUCCCAGUGAUAGGGGGCGCCUCACCAGCCACUAUGGUGCCUGUACUCUCAGCCGCUGUGCAUCCCUGCCAUAUGACGCAAGAACAGAUUGAAUGCGUAACGUCCUGCAUAAUGAGCAGUAAUGAGGCGGUCUGUGCGGCGAAGGGAUGCGCCAGCGCGACCGCGUGCCUCGCCGGCGCGUACGCAAUCGCCCGCAACACGAUCAACGUGGUUAAGGCGUUGCAAGGCAGGAAGAUCAACCAGUGCGCCUACGUCGACAGUCUUGGAACAUGCGCUCCUGACUGCCAGUUCUUUGCGAGCGAAAUAGUUCUGGGGCCUUCAGGAGUGGAGAAGAACAUGGGUAUACCUGAGCUGACCAAGUUUGAGAACUGCCUUCUAGUCAACUGUUUGCCUUACAUUAGAAACGAAAUCGCUCGGGCAAUCUGGCUGGUAUACACGAUGUGCCAGCAGUGUUGCUGUCCGACGUGCAGCCAGCACCCCUGCACGUGCUUCCAGCAGCCUUCCAUCCCGUGCGUACCGCCCACCAACUGGACCUGCGACUGGCCUGACGCUUGCCGAGACGAGUACCUUGCUUCGAUUUGUCGAGAGAUGUCGUGCAAAUGUGGCGGCACAUCUCUGUGCUGGACUCCUCGAGAUUGUGACUUUGACGCGGCUCGUGCAGCCAAUAUAAGCCACCAGAUGCCCGUCCGACUUGCUUCGUGUCACGACAAGAUGCCCAGGAGCGUCCGCAUGGCUGCCGAAAUCAGAAAGAAAAAUCGAAACCCCUGCUUUACAAAAUAUUAAAACACUUAUGUAUAUCAAAAGAAACACAACCCUGUAUAUACUGGUUCAAGUCAUGGACAAGGAACAACUUUUGUUUUGGAACUUUUGGGAAAUACGAAAAUGCACCUUCCUUAUAUAUUAACGCCAUGCAUUCGCGAAAAAAUUUGUUUAAAAAAUUGAAAGAUAUAAUGGUUAAAUAAAAGUUGUUCCUUAUUACCAUGACUUGGACUAGAACUGGCAAGGAUUUGUGUUUAUGUGAUAACUUCGUUCAAAAGCUAACUUAAAUUUCACAAAGGUCACACAGUGUGGAUAAGGACACGGUAGGGCUGCGGCACGGCGUUUUUGGCUUUGGAAAUGUCAACGGCGGUUGAUGUUAUGCAAUAAAAUUCGAGCGGAUUGUGCCUAUCCAUGAAUGAAUUGUCCACAAACCAUAAAACAAAAAUUUGUGCCAACAAA